GCUCCUGCCCGGGUGUGCGCUCCCCCCGACAGCGCCCCCCACACUGCAGACGUCCGGGGGCCGGCAAGGCGGGCGGACCGGGGACCGCGCAGGGGCGGGCAGCCCGCGGGGCAGCAGCCGGGCGCCGCGCGACCCCGCGUGACCCCGCCGCCAUCUUCCUUCCCGGCGCGCCCCGCGGUUGGGGGCGGGGCGCUGCCGAGGGCGCAGGCGCGGGCGCCGGGGCUGGAGCCGUGAGCUGCGGGCGGCCCGCGCGCUCUGUCCAGGUCCACAUGGCCGCCGCGCUGCUGAGAAGACUGGCCGCCGCCGCGGGCCCGCUGCUGCGGCUGCCCCAGCCCCCGGGCCCCGGCCCCGCGGUCGCCGCGCCCCUCCCCGCGCCCCGGGCCCUCGGCCUGCCGCCGGCGCUGGGCUUCAAGACCAAGGCCGUCCUCCGGAAGCGCUGCAAGGGCUGCUACCUGGUCAAGCGGCGCGGGCGCUGGUUCGUCUACUGCAGGACCGACCCCAGGCACAAGCAGAGGCAGAUGUAGCCCUCGGGCCGGGACCCGUGUGCACCGCGCGGCGGACCUUCGGGCCUCGUGGGCUCUGUGGCCUGCGUCUCUCCUCCUUGUGGCUCCGGAUCCCGCCAGGCCUGAGCCCCACCUGGGAACCCGUCCUUCACUCCUGCGCAAGCUUUGUUUGUGCUGGGUGAGGGGGGGGACAACACGACCUCAGGGGGAGGGGAAGCCGGCCCUGCCCCGCGACAGAGCCCAGGUUCUUUGGAAGGCCGCCCUGUGCCGUGGCCCGGGCCCUGUCUCUAAGUUCAGCCACACCGCUGCUUCCCCGUGGAUUCAGACUCGUGUUCUCAGCAUCCUGUCUCCAGGCUAGGCAGGGGAGGCCUCCGUGGCAGUCUUUAAGUCAAGGGAAAUGUAACUCGUUCAUGUGUCCAUAAACGGAUUUUGGACCUUGAUUAAA